GACAUAAUAAUGGAUGAUUUCUUCCAUCUGGACGUGACAAUCUUAUACAUCCAACUUCUACAUCUUCAUAAGGGUGGCACGUUAAAGUCAAUAUCAACCAUAUCAUGUUCAUUUCCACAAUUAACAAAUCACAAUCUUGGGAGUUUCAUCGAUAGAAUAUUCACAAUUGUUAGUGUGAUAACCGUUUGCACAAUUACAACAUUCAUGAUUGCAUUUUUCAAAGUGGUCAAUGGUGGUAGAAUAUGGAUCAAAGAAAUGAG